UUCGCAGUUGCAAUUUAAGUGACUUUUGAGCGGUUCGUCUUAUUUUUUACGAUACUAUUAUACACAGAGCAAAACGGCUGGGCCAAUGCUAAGGUCUAGUGGCCGCUUAUCAACACUACCAAAACAAUUGGCAACGCUGUGGCGUUUUCAAUUUGUUAAACAUCUUGCGAACUUUAAGAACACGCGCGUUGAUUAUCCAAUGGACGGCGAGAGUAAUAACAGCAUGAAAAUAGAUGCGCCCAGGCAGGACACAGUCGACGGCAGAGCAUCGCCGGCAUCAUCAGACAACUCGGCGGCGGGCAGUGAUGGUGAAUCGGACACGCCCUGGCACUGGCGCUGCCUGCCCAUCGAGGCCGUGCACCGCGGGCUGUUGCCCUUCGAGCUGGACCACCUGGGCGCUGUGCUACCGGGCGCCCAGCACAAGGUGCUCUACCGACAUCCGAUUCGCGAGCCGGAGACCGAGCCGCCGCGUCCGUUUCGGGGCGCACAUCGUUGGGACUCCGAUCAUGUGCGUCUGCCCUGUGCACCGGAGAGCAAAUAUCCCGUCGCGGCAGAGGAUGGCACCUCGGACAUCGAGUCGCGCUGGGGCAUGAUCAAGCGGGCGCUGCAGCGUCCCAUUUCCACUAGCAAGCAGCUCGAGGCGGCCAUUCUGACGUACAACAGCACGUACAAGGACCAAUGGAGCUUCCGGGCGCUGCACAAGCUCUUCAACGACGAGCUGGAUGAGAGCGAGUCGCGUGUCUUCUUCGAGGAUCUGCUGCCGCGCAUCAUUCGUCUGGCGCUGCGCCUGCCGGAGCUGAUUAGGGCGCCAAUACCGCUGCUCAAGCAGAAUCACACAUCUGCCGUGUCACUGACACAGGAGCAGAUCUCGUGCCUGCUGGCCAACGCGUUUCUAUGCACAUUUCCGCGCCGCAACACGCUCAAGCGCAAGUCCGAGUACGGCAAUUUUCCGGACAUUAACUUCAAUAGACUCUAUCAGGCCACCGGGUCAGCGGUGCUGGAGAAGCUGAAGUGCAUCUUCCACUACUUUCGUCGCGUCUGUCCCACGGAACGGGAUGCCAGCAAUGUGCCCACCGGCUGCCUGACCUUCAUGCGCGUCAGCGGGAAGCCCGAGGAUGAGGUCAAUUGGCACACGAGCUCUGCGGUCCUGGCCAGCGUGCCCAUGCACAUCAAUGCCGGCGGCACCAUCGAGGAUCAGGGCGUUGGCCUGCUGCAGGUGGACUUUGCCAAUAAGUUCCUGGGUGGCGGCGUGCUCGGCCACGGCUGCGUGCAGGAGGAGAUCCGUUUCGUCAUCUGCCCGGAGCUGCUCAUCUCGAAGCUCUUCACCGAGUGCCUGCUCUCCACGGAGGCGCUGCUAAUGGUGGGCAGCGAGCGCUUCAGCAACUACACCGGCUAUGCGAGCAGCUUCGUGUGGGCGGGCAACCACGAGGAUCGGACGCCGUACGACAAGUCGCGGCGCCGCCACACGGCGAUUGUGGCCAUCGAUGCACUACGAUUCGACCAGCAGAUGCAGUCGCAUCAGUAUCGCGAGGAUCUCAUUUUGCGUGAGCUGAACAAGGCGUCCAUUGGCUUCAGGCACUGGCUGUCGACGCCGGCGCCGGGCGUGGCCACUGGCAAUUGGGGCUGCGGCGCCUUCGGCGGCGAUCCGCACCUGAAGGCGCUCAUCCAGAUGAUGGUCUGCGCCCACCAUGGCCGUCCGCUGGCCUACUACACAUUCGGCAAUCGCCAGCUGAGGGAUGACCUGCACGAGCUCUGGCAGAUCUUCCGUGCCCAUGGCACCACCGUGCACCAGCUGUACUCCGUGCUGUGUCCCUUCAAGAAGACGGGCGCCGGCCGAACUCUGUAUGCCUUCGUGCUCGAGAGCCUGAAGGCGCUGCACAAGGUGCCCGAUGCCCAGCCCAAGCCAGCGGAUGCAGUGGCGCCGCCAGCUGCAGCAAAGCAACAGCAAAGUCCGGAUCUGUUUGCCGACUCGGAUUGCUCGCAGAACAAUGGAAUUGUGCUGUCGGAUAACGAUGAUGACGAUGCCGAGCAGGAGCAGGCCAACGCCAUGAUGUUGGCUGCGAGUCUGGACAGCGGCGGCGCCGGUGGCAGUGGCGGUGGCAGCUCCAGCAGCAACUCCAGCAGCAAUAGCAAUCACAUAACCACACCAGUUACAGCAACUGCAGCAACUGCAGCAACAGGAGCAGGAGCAGGAGCAGGAGCAGGAGCUGGAGCAGCAGCAGCAGCUGCUGCCACAAGUUCCCCAGCUCAUGCUGUGGGCAAGCGUCAGCAGACGCUCCUGGAGAUGCUGGACAAGCACUACGAGCAGGGGCAGGCGAAUGGCUCCAAGCGGCAGCACCAGUCGACGCCGACGGACAAGUGCGGCAAGGCGCGCAAGGAUUGCAAGGACGACGACGCGAGCACCGGCAACUGCAAUAGCCGAAAUUGAAAUUGAAAUCGAAAUUGAAAUAGAAAUCGAUUGCCCGACUGUUCAGUUUCCAUAUAGACAGACAUUCAGUCGGAAGUCUCACGGUUGCGAUCUGUUGCCAUCUCUUUCGCAUUUGUACCACGGCAAUUACUUAGCUGUGUUCUCCCUCAUAACGGUAUAGACUCGUAGCAGUCUACAGAUUAUCUAUACACACACACAUAUAUAUAUAUAUAUAUAUAAAUAUAGAGCGAUAUACGAUAGAUAUGUAUGCUAUAUAUAUAUAUAUACUAUAUAGACCGUUUUAUAGUAGUUUGUCGCUUUUAAGCGUAGUUUAAUAUUUAUAUGCGUCGCAGUCGUAAGUGCUGCGAAUAGAACACGAGUUGUAUUUACCUAUUGAAUAUAUAGAGUUAUAUAUUUAUUUAUUUUGAUUGUAUAUCAAAUCAGAUCAUAGCUGAAUCAGAUUGUUAUACUCCCCUUUAGAGCGAGAAGCAAAUUUCGAUCGAAAUAGAACCAAAUUCAAUUUGAAUUUAUAUAUUCGCAUUUGUAUUAUUAUCACUAUAAUUACAAUUUUGUUUUAUUUUAUUUUUUUAACCCUAUUUAAUAUUAGUUUUAAUUCGACUAACUUUGACUUUGAUAUUGAAUAAUGCAUCUGUGAUACAAAAAAAGAAUCGUAUCUGAAUAGAUUUUUGUUGUGCGCGCGCUUGGUUCUCUUCAAUAAAACAAUCUUAUGUUGUCCUCCAAAAAAACUAAAACAAAAGAGAGCAAAAAGGAAA